GCACCGAUACCAAGGUCAGACCUGAAGUAAUGAGUGCAGGCGGCUCUGUUGACGCUCUCAGCAGAACAACAGCGGUUGGCUCACUCAGGACAGCUAGGAUAAUAUUGACAGUACCUCAGACGACUGGUUUCUUAAAGAGCCAGCUUGCGGCAAACAGUUUGGGGAUAUCUUCAUUUUCCCAGAGAGGAGCAUGUGGGGAGUGUGUACGUGUAUAACAUUACACGUUAAAAACUUGUGUAAGCCCAGCUGUGGGACUGUUGGUCACUUCUCUCUGUUGGUUCUUUUUGUUGACAGCCUGUUGUGACAUAUCCUAAGGCUUAGUGGUUCUGUCGACAUGAUGCCAUUGAGUUCUUAAAAUAGAGAGAGAAGGACAUCCAGGAAAACAAAACCCCGAUGGUGUGCCGCCACAACCUCAGAGUGGGAUUGACCCACAUCACAGCCAGCCCGUCAGAGUCAGAUACCCAGCCAGCCUGUUCGCCACUCUCCAUUCAGAGAGCCUGUACCGAGACAUUGGGAUUGUAGCUGAGAUUCCCAUUCCUAGUGGAGACCGUGCAGAGAGAGAUGGCUGUGAACAGACCAGAAGACAUGCCACGACAGUUCCCCAGAAUUACGCUAAGUGAGGUGGAUGAGGAGACACGUCUGCUGGCUGAGAAGGUAUACGGGUCAGCUCUGCAGGAGGACACUAAGGAUGCCCUCUCCAUGUUCACAGUCACUGAGGACUGUCCCAUCGGCCUGAACCAGGCCAAAGAGAGGGAGCUGCUUAAAGAGCUCGCCGAGCAGCAUUCGGAAGAGAGCGCCAAGAGGAAGAAAAGUUUGAAAAUUAUCCGUUCCCAAUCAGCGUCCUUACAGGGCCUGCAGAUCCCUGUAACCACAGAAUGGGUCCGUUCUGUGGUGACCCCAUUCCUCUCACCCUCCUCCACCUGCUCUUCGCUCCCUGAGAGCUGCCCAGAAUACCAAAGGGUCACCAUCAGUGGAGACUACUGCGCUGGCAUCACAGUGGAGGACUAUGAACAGGCAGCCAAAACUCUGAUGAAAGCCCUGUUUAUUAGGGAGAAGUACUCGAGACUGGCCUACCAUCGCUUCCCCCGGACGGUCGCCCAGUUCCUCCGUAGUGCAGAGAACAAGAAGUGGAUGGAGGAGGAUGAGGUUCUUCCAGAUGUCUGCCCUUGCCCUCGGGAGGGGGGGGACCCUUACAGCAUGGAGAAUAUCCCAGAUAACCUGAGCUAUGAGCUGCAGAUGAAAGAUGGCAUCGUGUAUGUGUACGAGAACGCCGAGGCGCUCAAUCAGAACAGGCCCCGUGACCUGCCCUACCCUGACCUUGAGACGUUUGCCAUUGACCUCAGCCACGUCCUGGCCAUGAUCAUUGACGGACCCACGAAGACAUACUGUCACAGACGCCUGAACUUCCUGGGCUCCAAAUUCUACCUGCAUGAGAUGCUCAAUGAGAUGGCUGAGCUAAAGGAACUGAAGGGCAUUCCACACAGAGACUUCUACAAUGUCAGAAAGGUGGACACACACAUUCACGCAGCCGCCUGCAUGUCCCAGAAGCACCUUCUGAACUUCAUCCAAACCACCUACAAGACAGAGGCGGACCGUGUGGUGCUGGAGAAGGGCGGGCGGAAGCUGACGCUCAGAGAGGUGUUUGAACACCUCAACAUGGACCCUUACGACCUCACUGUGGACUCCCUAGAUGUACACGCUGGCAGACAAACCUUUCACCGGUUUGAUAAGUUCAACUCCAAGUACAAUCCAGUGGGGGCCAGUGAACUCAGAGAGAUCUACCUGAAAACAGACAACCUCAUAGAUGGAGAAUACUUUGCACGCAUUAUCAAGGAAGUUUCCAAUGACCUAGAGGAGAGUAAGUAUCAGCAUGCUGAGCCACGCCUCUCUAUCUAUGGACGGUCUGCAGAUGAAUGGGCCAGCCUCUCCAAGUGGUUCAUCCAACAGAAAGUGCACUCUACGAACAUGCAGUGGAUCAUCCAAGUACCCCGGAUCUAUGAUAUUUUCAAGUCCAAAAAGUUGAUCCAUAACUUUGCCAAGAUGUUGGAGAAUAUAUUCCUUCCUCUGUUUGAGGCCACUGUGAGUCCACAGAAGCACAAAGAGCUCCAUGUAUUUCUUAAAUAUGUGACAGGUUUUGACAGUGUGGAUGACGAGUCCAAACACAGCGACCACAUGUUUUCAUACAAAAGCCCCAAACCUGAGCAGUGGACAGCAGAUGAAAAUCCUCCUUACAGCUACUACCUCUUCCACAUGUAUGCCAACAUCAUGGUGCUCAACAAUCUGAGGAAAGAGCGAGGCUUGAGCACCUUCCAGUUUCGUCCACACUGCGGGGAGGCGGGCUCCAUCACACACCUGGUCUCCGCUUUUCUCACCGCUGACAACAUCUCCCAUGGCCUCAACCUGAAGAAGAGCCCUGUCCUCCAGUACCUGUACUACUUGGCCCAGGUGCCCAUUGCCAUGUCUCCUCUAAGCAACAACAGCCUGUUCCUGGAGUAUUCCAAAAACCCUCUCAGGGAGUUCCUACACAAGGGUCUGUGUGUGUCCCUAUCCACAGAUGAUCCUAUGCAAUUCCACUAUACCAAGGAGGCACUGAUGGAGGAGUAUGCCAUAGCGGCCCAGCUGUGGAAGCUCAGCACCUGUGACGUGUGUGAGAUAGCCAGGAACAGUGUGCUACAGAGUGGUCUGUCUCACCAGGAGAAGAAGCACUUCAUAGGGGCCAACUAUUUGAAAGACGGACCUGAGGGCAACGACAUUCGACGGACCAACGUAGCUCAAAUCCGCAUGGCCUACCGCCACGAGACCCUGUGUAACGAGCUCAGCUUCCUGGUGGACGCGGUGAAGAAUGAGGAGGUCAUUGGUGCACAACCACAGUGACAACAUCAAGACUGGACUUGGCUCAAUCAACGCAUGCAGGUUCUCAAAUAUCACAAUAUGUAUGGCAUCAUGAGAGGAAAAAACAAUGGUUUGGUAACACUUAAUUUUGAGAGUCCCAAAAGUGUGCCUAUAGAUGCUCUACAGAUUGUCUACAUUUUAACUAAUUAUUUACUAACCCUAACCCUUACCUAUAUCCUAACCCCAACCUUUAUUCUAUCCCUAACCUUAAAGUUCUCCAUAUACUCCAGGUUUUGAGGUGUACGUAUGUACGUACGCGAAUGCUAUGCAAAUUUUAUUGCUAACAUACUCUACUGUGUAUUUUAGGUCUAAACAGAUAUUUAAAACCUACAAGGAGGCAGUCUGAGAGAAAACAUUUUCGACCUUCCCGGAAAUACGUUGACAACUGCUCAUUUUGUAAACCACAAUAAACAUGGCGACUGAGGAGUACAGUUAUUAACAUAUGUCUUAAGAAAUCAACAAAAAGGAGUGUCAGCGACGCCAACGAGGGUAGUGCAUUAGAACAUUAAAUGUAUUAAUUGUGUACUACUACUUCGAUGUUUCAGUCUCACAGAACCUCAGAGGAUCUUGGGUGUACUGCCCCACGAUUUCUGUUGGUAUGGCAGCUGCAUACACUCAAGGCCUAGGGAGACAUGCACAAAGUACGGACCAAAAUUAUGCAUGAGGUGGCAGCCAUUCUGCAUACGCGUACACGUACUUAGCGUGGAGUAUAUUUGGGCCUUAACCCUUACCUUAUACCUAAUUCUAAACCUAACCCUAACAUUGACCUUAGCAAACAGUUUUUUAAACCAAUGGUUUGUUUAAAGUUUGUUGAUACUGUUGAAUUACUAUCUAUAGAACAUCUACAGAUGGUAAUUGGGACUCUCAAAAUAAAGUGUAACCAAUGGUUUGAAUGGAUAAGUGUGUAUCACUGGCUGCAUGCAGGCUAAAGUGGAACCAGUUAACAAUGGAUUGCCAUUGCAAAUAACAUACAUAAUCUUUGGAGCGGCAGCACUAUGAGAGAACUACACCAAUAUGCUACGUGCAGACUGUCCACUCGCUCAACUGGCAAAUUGCACAAUCUUUGGCUAGCUGUCGCUUCCCAAGCGUGCACAUUGGGGGCGUAUCUUCCAAAUAGGAGAAACAUCCGUCUCUGCAAAUAUUAAUACGUAUUUAGUAUUUGCAUGACUCCACUACUAAAAAUGUAUUACGAUGAUGCCAAGUCAAUGAUAUAUGCAUGUAUCAUUCACCCGUGAUCCCAACAAUAUCUGAAACCUUCCAUGCAUCCAUUUCUAGAAUUCAAUCUUUGUAUGAAGCCAGAGAAGCAUCAUAAAUAAUUGGGAAAACAGACACCGCAAUUCUAAGUAUCUAGUCAAUUUUGUUUAGCUAGCAAGUGAGUUUUUAGCUAUCGGGUAAAAAAAGAGAAGGGACUUCAAGAUGCAGAGAACAUCUGCCCUCCCAUUGGUAGUCGCCGAACUCCGUCACUGCCCGCUCGCUGGAAAUUAGCAUUAAGUUGAACAUUUCUCAACUCUCAACUGCCGCCGUCGCUGGGAGAUUUAGUCUCCGACAGUACCUCCGCCCACUGUUGCCGUGAUUUGCGGUCUCUCACUUGAAAAGAGAGUGUGGCUCUUUACCUGUAGCGAGCAGACAGUGUGCACGUAGGGUUAGGAACUAAUUUAUUUAUGUCCAUAGUACUGAUGUUAAUGUUGCUGUCUGACACUGCAAUGCAGAAACAACCUCUGUAGUAAGGCUGACACACUGUGGACAAAAGCAGCACAGCACUUACAGUUCACUAAUGUUACAGAAUAGCUUCAAGGUCUGGACACUUUUUUUCUCAUGUCCAACACUCAAUGUAUCAAGCCCUAGUGAAGGGGCAAUCCGUGAUGUUGAUAAAAACCUGACAGAGUGUUUAUCUCUGGAGAUGAAACAUUACUUCAGGUGAGAUGAAUAACAUCUGGUAUAGGAAGGUACAGUGGAUAUAAAAAGUCUACACACCCCUGUGAAAAUGCCAGGUUUUUGUGAUUAUAAAAGAAUGAGACAA